UUAUUUUUAUCAGCCUGUCACGCUUACUAGCUACUAGUUAUAGCCUAUAGCGCAGAUCGAACCUUUUUCCACACAACACAACUCGCGGGACUUCCAUGGCUUAUCGUGAAGCAUACUCAAGUUCACCAUGGCUCUCUUGAUAGAGUGCUGUAUCAGUGCGCUGGCAAUCUGCUUUCUGGCGUUGCUUGCACUCUCCAGACGAACGGCGUCACCCCACAGGAAGCACCUCCCUCCUGGUCCUACUCCGAUCCCUUUUCUCGGAGAUGUAUUCGAUAUCAAGGCUGAUGCACCUUACGCUACGAUGCAGAAAACUUAUGGUGAUAUCAUAUAUACUCGCGCCCUGAACAUGGAGAUUAUUGUUUUGAAUUCUGAGGAAGUCGCAGAUGAAUUACUUGACCGGCAAGACAGGCCUAGCUUCACACCCCCUGCCCUUCCCAUGUCGAUUUGUGCCCAGGAAAGCUCAGGACAUGCAGGGAUUGACAAGCCUGGUUAGGAGCAGUUCUCUGUAAGGCAAAUGUAAUACUUCGUGGCGGCUUUUGUACAGGAGUCGCACAGUAAUCUGCCUCAAUUGGAGUAUCUUGACCGUUCUCAGCUUUCAUUCGACACCUCACCUCACCAUCGCAGAUA